AACACUUGAAAUUAAGAGUACAUAGAGAUGGCCAAACUCAACAAGACUACUUUUCUUGCUCUCUUCUUCUGCUUCCUCAUUUUUGCAGCCUACGAGAUGCAAACGGGGGAAGCAAAACCUUGCACAAAACUUAGCAAAGGAUGGCGUGGGUUGUGUGCUCCUCAUAAAUGCAGCAGUUACUGUAUUCACCAUGAGGGAGCUUACCACGGUGCUUGUCUAAAAAAUCGCCAUAGUAAGCAUUAUGGUUGCUACUGUUACUACCGUCAUUGCUAAUCAAUGAACCUUAUAUAAUCACGUCGUCUGUUACUACAUGGUUCCAUGUACUUGUUGGAGGUCAAGUCUUGUACCUGUCUGCAAGAUUGUACUGUGUUUAUGUUUCCAGUAAUCCUCGAGUGCUUUCGUUUUAAAAAAUAGCAGUUGCCUGUGUAAGCUCUUGCAGCAAGUGGUGUCAGUUGUGUCCAUCAGUUUGUGUUACUUUGUGGUGUUUGUAUUACCUAAACAAUGAAGAUUGUUAAGUUUCUUAUAGUCUGUUUCUUGUUCAAAAUAUAAAGUGGUCGGAUGUGUUAAAGACAGGAUUUAAAUAAAUAAAUUUGUUUACUCA